AGGAGACCCGUCGUCCCCGUCGCAGCAAAGCCAGAGCCAGAGCAGUGAGAGUGCGAGAGAGAGAUGAACCGACGCCCUCAAUGCGAACCACACUCCCACCACCCGGGCCUCAGCCAGGCCCAUCUAAACUCUCUCAACCCCGAUGGCCCUCAACCAUCCCCUCAACCAUCCACUUCCACUUCCAUCCUCAUCCCCCUUCAUCAUCCAUCAUACCUCACUUCACAUCAUCACCGCCGUCAACUGCGAAACACCACCCGACCUCAAAUAGGUACCACUACUACUACUACCACGGUUACUGACUGAACUCACCUGCGCACCGUGUUUGGCCUUCACCCGCACACAACCAACCCAGCCACAAGGAAACCCUAAGACCCAAAAGACACGCAACAACUCAAAACCCCUUCGUCUCGACCACGCCCCCUCUCACUCCUCCAUCCACUUCCAUCACCACCUUCAUCUCCUCACCA